CCCUCGAAAGAUCCAAAAGAUCCAGCCUGCAUUUCCUCCCAAAGAUUGCCCAAAACUCAACUCGUCGGAACAAGUACAACAUCUAUCACCACCUUCAUCCAAAAUGAUCUCCUCCAGACGAACUAUCACCGCCCUCUACACCAUCCUCUCGUUGUUGUUUCUGUUCCAACCAUCGUUUGGCUUUGUCUCGCAACGAAGAAUACAGGACAUCCAUCCGACCAAUUCGGUCCUCUUUCGCAAGCAUCUGGAUCAAUAUUUUCCUCGCCCACCAUUAUUAUUACAGUCCCAGCAACAAGAACAAGAAGAUGAAAAGACACGAAAGCAAACCGCAUUACUUAAUGCUGGUGUGGGAGCCAUGGUGUGGGCGGGGGGAAUUGCCGGCUUGAUCCGGAAGGGUAGCAAGGCCAGUCUCGCAGCAGGAUCCACCUUUGGUCUGGUCCUACUCGCAUCGGCAGCGCUCAUUCGGAAUCGGAAUGCCAUUGGCUACAAAAUGGCAGGCAUUGCCUCCUUCCUGCUGACCGUCGUAAUGGGGAAAAAAUACUUUGCCAGUGGAGUCUACAUGCCAGCCGGGUUCAUUGCGACGCUCGCGGUCAUUGUUUUUGUGUACAAUGGUGUCGACACAAUGGUAGCAGAAGAAUCUUCUGAUGACGAUGGAGAAACGUCAACCAAAACAGAAUAACAUCAGUGAUGCAGUGAGAUUUCUUUCAAACGACUAGCUUGGAAAUGUUGGUUGCCUGUGAACACUUUUAGAAGAAGUUUGUAGAAGCGAAGGAGGCUAGCUAGGAUACCGCCCCAGGAGAUAGUCUUUUUUGCUUGUCACCAGCGCCAAGACUUCACAGCAAGUCAAUGCCGAGAGGUCUUCUAGUUGGCUUUCCUCACGGAUCCCUAGCUGGGUACCGGUACUGGUAGAGGUCUCAUAAUCAACGUCGAAAGCACAGAUAACUUACAUUCUGUUUCCUAUCUAUGUGUCCGAAAGCUGUGCCUGUGCGUAGCGUUAUUGCGUUAUUCGAGAGUACUCGAGUACCGGUACAUGUAUUCGGUCUCCAAGUUUAUUACUUAUUAUGCAUAAUUAUAUUUCGCUCGCAAUGCCUGUAUCCAAACAUACCGUACCUCCAACAACUUACUUGAGAAAUCACCUUUCGUCCAUCGGCGACUAGCUAGCUAAUGGACAGUGAAAUCACAUCGUCGCGACUCCUAGAAACCUGGUUAGACCUAAUAAGAUCGCCAUCCGUCGUCCACCCAUCCAUCACGGCACCCCUCGCAGCAUUUCCAUUGUGGAGGCCCGACCAGAAAAACACAGUCCGAGCAAGUUUCCUUAUUGCAUCUCAUGCACUCGUUGGUUUCACACUUCGAGCAGACGUUUUCCUCGCAGCUCUCGCAGUAAUGAGAACAGUCGAAACAUACUAAUUCCUGACAUUCCUUGCA